GGGCCGUGUUGUCGGUCUCCACAAGGGACCGCUGUGACCGCCAGGCUAACGUUAGCUUGCUUGCUAACCGUACGCCCACCAUAAACAAGUGCUGCGGACCCUACGAAUCUUGCCGUUUCUAACUUAAAAGCGUCCCAAAAGAAACCGCGGAUGGAAGAGCUGGGCCGUGUAAAAUAAACGGAGAGCAGCCGUUAACGGGAAGAAGGAGGAUCCAUGGCAAAGUGGCUGAAGGACUACCUAAACUUUGGUAACCGGCGUGACCCCCCGCAACCCCCGAGACCCGACUACAGCGAUAGUGAGAUCCUACGGGCCUACCGUGCUCAAAAGGAGCUGGACUUUGAGGAUCCGUACCAGUGCUCGGACAAGGAGCACCAAAAUGGCGGCGGCUACGGAGGCGUGGAUGUAAGCCUGCCUCCAUUCCCUGCCUUUUGCCCCAGCCUGUCUCCUGGCGCAGAGGUGAAAUUGUUGUCUCCCAAACACAGACUCAUUAAAGUGGAGUCUCAGGAGUUUGACCAUUGUAAGAUUCCCCUGAGUCCUGUCACUGUUCAAGAGGAGCCCGUGCUGCCCUCCGCCCCGGUAGCACCGGACGCCGACACGGACUACUCGGACCCCUUCGACGCCCGCCCAGACGCAAAAACGCAGACCGGCUCGGAGCACAAAUCGACACCGUCAGACAGCUGUAGCUACAUGGAGCCUUUUGAGGCUCAGCAGAUUAUUUCAGAAAUGCAGCGCAACAAGUGCACGAGCGCCGGUGGCAGCCAGCUAUACGACAGCCCGUAUGAGGAAAGGAGCCGCCAGCAGGGCCGCGUGGCUCCGACGGCACCGACGCAGCAGCAUCAACGCCACCGCAGGCUCGACGGCGCACUUACGCCCGUGGAUGAUCGGGAGAGCCGACUGCCCCAGAAUGACGAAAGGCCAGCUGACGAGUACGACCAGCCGUGGGAGUGGAAGAAGGACGACAUCUCCAAAGCGCUCGCCGUUCAGUUCAAGGGAGCGGAGCGGGAGCGCGAGCGCGUCCAAACAGAGCCCAGUAGGCUCGCGAAUGCAGCGGCGGCGGCGGCGGGGGCGGACUCCAACACCCUGCGUCUGGUUUGUGACGCGCUUCCCCUCUUCGGAGAGAGAGUAGACCCCUUCCUGCCGCUAGAAAAACAAGUGUGGUACCAUGGAGCCCUAAACCGCUCCGAGGCAGAGACUCUGCUGACCCUGUGUAAGGAGAGCUCCUACCUCGUGAGGAACAGCCAGACCUCCUGCAACGACUUUUCUCUCUCGCUCAGGAGUUGCAAGGGCUUCAUGCACAUGAAGUUCACGCGCUCCGCCGACGGCUGCUUUGUGCUGGGUGAGAACAGCCCGCCCUUUGCCACUAUCCCGGAGGUCAUCCACUACUAUAGCACACACAAACUGCCAAUCCGAGGGGCGGAGCACAUGUCCCUGCUGUAUCCCGUCAUCGUGCAGACGCUCUGACGGGGCGCAGCCGGAAACUCUGCGUGUGCCAAAUUUCAUGGCAGCUCAAAUCCAGACUGGUGCCUCAAGAACAUGGACUCCAAGGCCAACAGCUCAGCGCCGAACUGGAACAUUUUAAAGGAUUUUCUUGAACUGUUUAUGCAUAUCGCUGGUGUCGGGGCGCAACCUCCUACAUCACAAUUUGGUUAAUGUCACAUUGUUCCGCAAAUUUCUACCCAUCAGUCAGUUCAUAUGUGUGGGUGUUAUUUUUAACCAAUCUCAAGCAUUGAUGAUGCAAUGUUAAGGAUUGAACACACAUUUGUUUUAAGGAUUCUCCUGGAAAGUGAGGAUUUUGACAUUAGGAGGAUUUUGCCCAAUGUCAGCGUUAUAUCAGUCAAUUGUAGAUUCAAGUUUCCUGUCGCCUGUAAGUUUAGGUGUUGGUGACCCAUUUAGUGGAUGACUCGAGCAGCUUGCAAUGUCUCCUCAAAUCCAGAACAGCUUUAGAGACACUCGAGGCACAUCAAAAGUGUGCGUUCGUCAUCCAAAUGUAGCUUUGAUCUGUUUUCUAAGAUUUGAAAAUAAAGUUCUGUUUUUAACUU